AUGAUUAGGAUUUUAGUGUUAUUGUGUUUUCUAAGGGCCUGUUUGGCUCACAUAAAAGCAGGAGAACAACCUUUGGCCAAAAUCAAUAUUCUUCAAACCACUCUUGCCCUCCAUGAAUACUCUGCUUCCAUUGCAGUCUACCCUUUUGUCCUCGGCUUCAAUGGUGAGGAUAGUGAAUGGGUGACGGUGAAGAUUGUGAAUUCAAAACCAUCAGCAGAUGAUUGGGUUGGAGUUUUUUCUCCUGGAAAUUUCAACUCCUCAUACUGCCCAGGUUCACAUGAAUGGGAAAAACCAUUCAUAUGCCAAGCUCCAAUAAAGUACAAAUAUGCAAACGAUUCCAAUCCAUAUUACACAAGAACCGGCAAGGUCAACUUGGAGUUCCGGCUUAUAAAUCAGCGCUCAGAUUUCACUUUUGCAUUGUUCUCGGGGGGGAUUUCUGCUCCAAAACUGGUGGCUAUUUCAAAUUCUAUAUCAUUUGCCAAUCCCAAAGCACCCCUUUAUCCACGUCUUGCUCAAGGCAAAUCUUGGAAUGAAAUGACUGUAACAUGGACAAGUGGGUAUGACAUAAACGAAGCAGUUCCAAUGGUUGAAUGGGCAAUGAAAGGAGGUCCUAAAUCUCUAUCACCUGCUGGAACAUUAACUUUUCAUAGAAAUAGCUUGUGUGCUCCACCUGCUCGAACCGUUGGCUGGCGCGAUCCUGGUUUCACACACACAAGCUUCUUGAAAGACCUCUGGCCAAACACUCUGUAUACAUACAAGAUGGGUCAUCUCUUGUUAGAAGAUGGUUCCAAUGUAUGGAGCAAGACCUAUACAUUCAAGUCAUCCCCUUAUCCUGGCCAAGAGUCUUUACAGAGAGUUAUCAUUUUUGGUGACAUGGGAAAGGCAGAGCGCGAUGGCUCCAACGAAUACGCCAAUUACCAGCCUGGUUCACUUAACACUACAGACCAACUGGUUAGAGACUUGGACAACUAUGACAUUGUUUUCCAUAUAGGAGAUUUGGCAUAUGCAAAUGGAUACAUUUCACAAUGGGACCAAUUCACUUCCCAAGUGGAGCCUAUUGCAUCUGUUAAACCUUACAUGAUUGCAAGUGGGAAUCACGAACGAGACUCUCCCAACACUGGAUCUUUCUACGAUACUGAUGAUUCUGGUGGAGAAUGUGGUGUCCCGGCAGAAACCAUGUUCUACUACCCAGCUGAGAACUCAGCCAAGUUCUGGUACUCUACAGAUUAUGGUAUGUUUCAUUUCUGCAUAGCUGAUACAGAGCAUGACUGGAGAGCAGGAUCAGAACAGUACAAGUUUCUUGAGCAUUGUCUAGCAUCAGUUGACAGAAAGAAACAACCUUGGUUAAUCUUUGCUGGUCACCGUGUUCUGGGCUAUUCCUCCAAUGACUGGUAUGCUAACGAAGGCUCCUAUCAAGAACCCAUGGGAAGAGAUGACUUGCAGAAGCUCUGGCAGAAAUACAAAGUCGACAUUGCAUUCUUUGGCCAUGUCCAUAAUUAUGAAAGAGUCUGCCCUAUCUACCAGAACCAAUGUGUGAGCAAUGAAAAACACAAUUACUCAGGGACUGUGAAUGGAACAAUUCAUGUAGUUGUCGGUGGAGGAGGGAGCCAUUUAUCAAGUUACAGUACUAACAUUCCCCGUUGGAGUGUUUACAGAGACCGUGAUUUUGGGUAUGUUAAAAUGACGGCAUUCAACAACUCGUAUCUGUUGUUUGAGUACAUAAGAAGCAAUGAUGGGAAGGUUUAUGAUUCCUUCACGAUCUCAAGAGAUUACAGAGAUGUUUUGGCCUGUGUUCAUGAUGGCUGUGAAUCAAUCACUUUGGCAGAAUGAGAAACCUUCUGCCAGAAGUUAGUUAUUGUAUUAAGAAUAUGGAUUUAUGUAGUGGAAUAUUCUCAAAUAAUAAAAAUUCACCCUUUACAAUUUUCUUCUUACUAAAUAAAACUCA